AUCUGCACGAGGGAAACGUGUGUCCAGAAGUGCUGUGGCGAAGGAGAGGUUGUGGAGUUGGCCUCGAAGAGCUGCACCAAAGGGAAGGUGGGCGGAUUUUCACCCGAAUUCCGAAAGCUCGAUGGAAGUCCAGUCUCAACACCCCCGAGUUUUUUGAUGAUCGAGAAGAUGCCCGAUUGCGAACCUUUGGCUAUCCUCAAUCCAAAAGAUAAUCCGAUACAGGAUUUCUACGUACUUCUGAAUGGGAAUUUGUAUGAACCGCACAACACCGCAGAAUUCGUACCGGGCAAAUACUGUCUGGACUACUUCGUGGAAAUGGCAGCCGACGUCGCCUUUGUAUGUCGGGAACCUCAGAGCAAGGCCUUGACAAUCAAGAACUAUCUGCAGGAGGCCGGGCUAGUGGUGUCAUGCGUGUUCCUCUCGGUGACGAUCGUGUGCCACCUCGCCAUCAAACCUCUGCGCGACAUCCAGGGCCUCUGUUUCCUGUGCCACAUGGUGUCGCUGCUGAUCGCUGACGCGGUCCUCUUCACGGGCGCUCGGUUCAGCAAAGUCAUCAGGGAGUCCCACUGCGUCUUCAACGGUUUUCUCCUACAAUAUUCAUUUCUCGCGACGUUCUUCUGGCUCAAUGUCAUGUGCUUUGACAUAUGGCGGGUCAUUUAG